AUGGCGAUUCAAAAAGUUGUCCUCGUCGGCGCAAAUGGCGACCUCGGAGGUGCCGUCCUCGGCGGACUGGUCGAUGCCGGCAGCUUCCAAGUCGCAGUGCUCAAGCGCCAAAGCAGCAGCAGCAGCAACGACAACCUCCCACCGUCCGUCCAGCUGCUUACAGUCCCGGACUCAUGGACCGAACCCGACCUGACAGCCACCCUACGAAGCGCCGGCGCCGACGCCGUCGUGGCCUGCUUCGCACUAAGGGAGGACCCGCCGCGUGCGCACCUGGCCCUGGCCUCUGCGGCGGCCGCCGCGGGCGUCAGGCGCUACAUCCCCGCGGAUUUUGGCAGCGUCGACUCGCGAGCGCCCCGGGCCCGCGAGCUGGUCCCGCUGUUUGGCAAAAAGGCGGCCGUCCGGGCGCUCCUGGACAGCCUGGCCGAGUCGACGCCCACCUUCUCGUGGACGAGCAUCGUGUGCGGUCACUUUUUCGACUGGGGCCUGCGCGAGAACUUUUUGCACGUGGACCUGAAGGCGCGGACGCACGAGAUCCUAGACCAGGGCGAGCAGAGGAGUUCGCUGUCGACGUUGGCGCAGGUCGGGAGGGCCGUCGUGGCGAUCCUGAACAAGACGGACGAGACUAGGAACCGCACCGUGUUUAUUCAGAGCUUCUGCGUGAGCCAGAAUGACGUCCAGGCUGCUUUGGAAAAGGCGACGGGCACCACGGCCGGGGAUGGAGAGGGUCAAUGGAAGAAGACGUAUAUCCCGGCUGAACAGUUCAUUGCUGAAAAGGUGGUUCUGCGCGACGCGGGCGACAAGCAGGCCAUUGAGGAUCUAGUGUUUGCGUUGGGCGUCAUCGAUGGCGACUGGGAGAAGAAAGACGAGUUUGCGAUGGAUCUGCUUGGUCUGCAGCCUGAGGACCUGGAAAAAGUUGUGAAGGACGUCGUGGACGAAGUUGAAAAGCAGCGCGGCCAAUAG